UAGUUCGACGCUAACGGUUGAUCAACCGUCCUAACUGCCGACACCAGUACAUGAAGCCAGUGUGACUCAACCGGCGAUUUAAUUCAGUAUUUUUGCAUCUUCUGUCACGAUUUAUGAAGUAUAAUGUAUCCUGGUGGUAAUUGUGUCGGCUUAAAGUCAGUGACCUGGAAGUGGCCGUCGGAAGCGAUGUCUCCUGAUGAGUUGGUGUACUUGGGAAUCCUUGCUGCUUCCAUCCCGGUGGGAUUCCUUUUCCGUUAUCUCAGUCCUCCUGUGAAGCAGGGAGCAUCUCUUCUUCUGGGCCUCUCAAUCGCCAUCGCCACUUGUCACAUCCACACACUCCACUCUCUGGUGACGGUGAUUGGAACAUGGAUUAUUAUAAAGAGCAGCUGGCGGCAUGCCCCUGCAUUGAGUCUCAGCUGGACCUUCCUCUACCUCCUCUUCUUCCGGCUGGUCACUUCGUUUGGGCUGCCACCACCAACACCCUUUGCCAAUGCCGUUCAGCUACUUCUCACUCUCAAGAUGGUGAGUCUUGCCAAUGAAGUGCAAAGCUUCCACACAGAGAAGAAAAAGGAAGUGAGCUCUUUUGCCAAGUCUCCUGUCAUCGGGGGUCUGUCUCAGGAGCCCUCUCUCUACGAUAUUCUGUCCUAUAGCUACUGUUAUGUCGGUAUAAUGACCGGCCCGUUCUUUCGCUUCCAAACGUACAUUGACUGGCUGAGGCAGCCAAGCCCGCAGGCCCUGCCUGGCUGGGUGCCGUGUCUGCAGCGUUUGAAGCUGGUGCCCGUGUACGGCGCUCUGUUCCUGACUGUGAACUCUUUCUUUCCACUGGCCUAUGUUCGCACACCAGAGUUCCUGGAUGAAAACUUUUUCUUUAGGCUUGUCUACAUGAUAGCAGUGUUCUUCGUAUUCAGGAUGCGUUUCUUUGCGGCGUGGUGUGGAGCUGAGGCUGGCUGUAUCAGUGCAGGUCUGGGCUGCUAUCCAGAAAAGGCACUGUCCAAACCUGGAGGAGGACCCACCGUCAACUACAGUCCUGAUCCCGCCACUGAAGAAAAAUAUGACUUCAAAACCAUCCAGAACAUCGACUGCUACAACACUGACUUCUGUGUGAAGGUCCGACAUGGGAUGCGUUACUGGAACAUGACAGUGCAGUGGUGGCUGCAUCACUACAUUUACCCCAAUUCCCCCUUCAAAUCUUACACUCUCAGGGCUGGCUGGACCAUGUUCAUCAGCGCCUACUGGCAUGGAAUCCACGCUGGCUACUACCUCUCCUUCCUCACCAUCCCCUUGUGCAUCGCAGCCGAGUCUGCCAUGGAGGCCUCGGUCCGAGCUAAACUGGGUCCCCGCGGCCAGAACAUCUUCGACUGGAUUCAUUGGUUUUUGAAGAUGAGGGCCUACGACUACAUGUGCAUGGGCUUCGUGCUGCUGAAGGCCUCAGACACCAUCAACUACUGGACGUCCAUCUACUUUAUCAUGCACAUCAUCGCCGUUUGCUGCAUCGUCGUUGGCAGGGUGCUGGGUGGGAAAAGGGAAGGGAGGAGAGGGGAGAAGGAGGAGAAAAGAGAGGGAGUGAAGGUAGAAAAUGUGAAAGAGGAAAAAACAGACUAAAUGGAGGGAGAGAAAAAACUUUUUGGGGGACAUGAGGGGGAAGCUAAUUCAAGACCAGAACACAACAACAUUCAUCUUUCUAGCAACAAAUAGGUCCAAUAAGAUUUCUUGUGGGAAAAUGUGAAAGUUCAACUUGAUUAAAAAUGCAGCAAAAUCAGACAAGAGCGUGACAUAUUAGAAAGGUCACCAAUGGAGACCUUUUACAUAUUUACAUGUACACAAAGUUACUGUGAAUACUGAGAGAGGAAUGUUUGAACUCGAUGAAUGUUACUUUUAUAGUGUGAGUGACAAAUGGGGUGUAAAUAGUGAAUCCAUUCCCCAUUGUUUACUGGUCAAAGUGAGGUUGCUGAAAUGUCAAGAUGCUGUUUUAGAAACAGGUGGCAGAGUCCAAUAAUAACCCUCAUAAUGAUCUUAUAAAUAAUUACAAGAGAUGCAAAUUGAAUGUGAUUUAAAAUUGGCGCACCAUAACAACAAAACAACAGUAUUAUGUUACAGAUACUGGAGUACAGAGUGAAUUGUGAUGGAAAAGCAUUAUGAGGGUGUCACCAUUAGAGCUCAGCUGUCAUGACCUUUUUCAUAAACCCAUUUUUGUGUGUGUGAACAUUAUCAAAGAUUUCCAGUUUAUUGAUUUAAAGUAGGAUAGUUUCUGCUAUGAUUUGGCAACUUAAAUCUGGACUUUGGUGGGCUUUUUUGCUUUUUUUGCCACAUUAAACAGUCCAGAUAUAAAUAUGUUUUUGUGAUAGAUAAAUGCAGAAACGUUCACCUUAAGCAGAAAUACAAGCUCUUGGUGGAUGUUGCAGUUUAAGCUGGUUUAAGUUUAAAGAGGCAAAACAAGUCCAGAUUACCUUUGUUCUGCUGUCUGAUUACAUUUCUAAGUGUUUUAGAAUUAGUUUUAAAUAACCUUGAGGAUUUUCAGCAUUAUAAUAUUCCUCAUUCUCUGUGUUUACUCUCUUGAUCCUGUGAAAAUCCAAAAUGUUUUUUUCUUUCUUUCUUCACUGUAUUUGUAAGCAUUUCAGAUCAUAUCAGGAACAUUAUGCACUGACAGCAGUGUUGUAUCCACAGAAGAGUGUGUCAUCUGAUUUCACUGCCAAAAUGUCUGUACUGCCAUCGUGGACCAUUCCAGGUUGGGACCAAACAUUUGAUACAAGAAGUUUCACAUCACAACUACAAGCUGCCAACGUUUAAGUAAUGAAUAACAGCACAGCAGCGGGGCUGGGCAAUGUAGAUUUAUUCAUUGUCACAAGAUUAAUUCAGUUAUUUAACAAUGCCGAUGUAUUUCAUAGUAUGAAAAUUUUAUGCAAUGUCAAAUAUGGAAUAAUCAAACUGUUCAAAGCACUGAACUGCCCCAAUAUCUCACAUCUUAUGUGACCAAAUUUCUAACAAAAGCUAGAACACAUUUUGUUAAACAUUUAUUUGGACAGCAGAAGUCGCCACGAUACUCUUCUGCUCAAAGUGGAUAAAUGAGAAUAUUAAAUAUAGCCCAGCCCCACUCGCAGUAAACUGUGUUUUGGAGUUCUUUCACUCAUUCCUGUCUCACUGUGUGAUAACUCGACUGUAUCUGUUGUAUACGAGCAUGACUGACAGCAGAAUUGAAAGGUUUUAUCCGAUGUGUUUUAUCCUCCAAAUGUUACUUGGAAAUGAGAUAAUUUGAAUUACAAAUUUAUUUUGUGUUGUGCUUUUAUGCUUUUCCUUCUCUGUGCCAAACGUAAGCCUCGCAGAAAUGUUUUUUUUCUUUAUUGCACAGGGAUGAUUGUGGUGGUUCUAGUCCUUCUGGUGACUGCUCGUCUCCAGAUUAUUUAUUUAUAUUCACCCUUUUUUGUGUGUGUUUGGCUUCACAUGCUGCACAGACUGUAACACUCCCUGCUUUGUAACAGUGUUACUUGUGGAAUACAUCAGCAUUUCCUCAACAAUA